AUGGCCCCCAAGAACCGCAUCAUCAUCGACACCGACCCGGGCAUCGACGACAUCCUCGCCCUUCUACUCGCCCUCUCCUCCCCCGCAGAAGAGCUCGAAGUCCUCCUCAUCUCCCUAGUGCGCGGCAACGUCGACGUGCACGCCUGCCUCCGCAACGUCGUCGCCCUCUUCCACACCCUCGAAGCCGAGUGCGCGUUUCGCAAAUCGCACUCCCUGCCCCUCAAGCUGGACGGCAUCACAGCUUACAAGCCCCUCAUCGCCAUCGGCGCCGACGAACCCCUGCAGGACCCGCGCGAUAGCGACUUCUUCCACGGCCGCGAUGGCCUGGGCGGCAUCCACACCAGCCACCCGCACCUGAGCCCGCGCGGCGAGUGGCAGGAGCUGUUCCGCGAGGAGCAGAGCGUCGGCGAGCUAGAUGCGUCGGUCGAGGGCGCGGCGCUGCGAGGCGACGAGGGCGCGGAGGCGCGCGACCACGCCCACUCGUUCGUGCCGAGCCUGAGGCCGGCGCACGAGGAGAUCUUGCGGCUGCUGCGCGAGAACGAGGCCGGAACCAUCACGCUCAUAGCCAUCGGGCCCAUGACCAACUUCGCCAUCGCGGCCGCGGAGGAUCCCGAGACGUUCUUGCGCGCCAAGGAGGUUGUGAUCAUGGGGGGCACGGUGGCCAUGCACGGCAAUGUCACGCCGGUGGCCGAAUUCAACGUCUACGCUGACCCGGCGGCCGCGGCGCGGGUGUUUGCGCUGAGUGGACCGACGCCCGGCAGCGUGUUGGGCGAGGCGCUGCAGGGCGUGGGGGGACUAAAGCCGUAUCCGGAGAGUCUGUCCGCGCAGGCGACGGUGGUGAUGCUGGGCUUGGAUAUCACGGAGAGGCAUCUACUGAAGAGGGGUAUGUGGGAGGAGAGGGUCAAGAAGUGGCGGGACAUGGGCAGCCCGUUGGCGGUGUGGAUGGGCGCGUUCAUGGGGGAGAUGUUGGCCAAGAUGGAGCGGUUGGGUGAAGGGGCCGCGGUGCAGCUGCAUGACCCCAUGUGUGUGUGGUACGUCUUGACGAGGGAAGUGGAGGGCUGGCGGCCGAGCCAUGAGCGUGGGUGGGAGGAUGUCAGGGUCGAGUGUGCGGCGCAGUGGACUAGGGGCAUGACGGUGGGCGACGUGAGGCCGCGCAGGAGAAGGAACAGUGAUGGAGAGCGGACGUAUGAUCAUGGGAACUGGCUGGGUGCGAGGAGCGGGAACAGGAUUGUGCGCAUCGUGGACAGUCCCGGAGACGACCUGCCGGCGCAAAGGAUCAUGGAUCAACUCUUUGGCUGA